AUGGAACCGGUCGUGGCGUGUCCGACCGGUGAUUUAGACUCUGGGCAAGUCUUGGACGCAGCAAGCAAUGGGCCCCAACGUGAUGUGGACGAUUUGAACAGAAUAACCGCCCCCCGUCUCUUCACCAUAGACCCCCCCGUGCCGUAUGACUAUACCGUCUGCGGUGUCGCCCCCCCUGUCGUGCGCAUCCCGGGGGGCUCAUCCCAGUUUGUGGAAUUGUCGCGCACUGAGCAAUCCCUGGAGACAAAUAGCCCUGCACGACGUAUGUAUCGUUGUCAAAAGGGUGACGCCGACGAGAUCGAAAAGCGGCCCCCCUCCUUCUCCUGGAGAAAUGAGCUUGAAAGGUCGAGACCCGGAUCUUUUUUCCCGACGAAAAUCCAGAUGAACCCUGUGAAGCAGCGCUCCUGGGACCUGGAGCUUGUGCGGACCGACCACUCUACAACAUACAUACAGUACGGAGUCGACGGUAGAGAGGAAUGCAAACCAGAGAGGAGCGGACUAAUCAUCACGGAAACACCCCAACUGGACAUCUCGUACUAG